CACUCACCCCCCCCCCCCUAAUAUUGUUGAACUUAUAAAAAGAUGUGAAGACACUUAAAUCUGUUUUCUAUAGAUUGUCUUUUAAGAAUAAUUUAAUUUCAACAUUUUUAACAUCAAUUAAUUUUUUUUUUAUACAAUUAGGUGUGCUUGUUCAUAUUGUUAUCAAGAUAAAAGUACGUAUUUGCAAAAUGGUUUAAUUUCUUGGAUCUUUGUGUGGGGAUGGGGUUCCUAACCAUAUUGUAUGAAAAUAUGAUGAAAUAGUGUGUCUUUCAUGGAUUUUAUAUCAUUGCAGUGUAUGUGUUGUUUAAUUUAAUAGUCAGAAAUUACGGAGUUUCUUUACGUGAUAGUAUACAUGUAUUAAACGUUACACCCCCAACACACUAAUUACGUUUUAUUUUGUUAUUUUAAUAGUUCUACAGAUUCUUCUAUAUACUUCACCACUCCUUCUUUAAAACAAACAUAGAUCCGCACUUUCUCUUUUCCACCUUGGACAUGCGCCUUUUUGUCUUGUUUAUUGUGCUACUUUUUUUUCAUUGCGCUCACUUUGAACCGAGAGCACGGACUUUGUAAAAAAAAAAAAUGGAUGAGCUACCAGAUAUUCCAGAUGAAUAUUGUGAACAUCAAGCUUUUGUCAAAAGAAAGCGUGUUAUAAAGUUCUGCGACCAGGAGAUCAUACUAAUGCUGAGGAGCUACCAGGUACAUCCGUGUGCCUGGAUUCAAAUUCGUAAAUCUAUGCUUGAAAAUAUCCACCAACUCCCAUCUGAAACUCAAAAUAUGUACAAAGCAUCAUCAGUAAAACAAAUUAAAGACAGGCUGUCUGCAAAACUUUCAAAACUGCUUUCUAUGUCAGAUGGCGACAUAGAAAAUAUUACAAUAAGGAAUGAGUUAAAAAAGGUUAGAAGUAUCGAAAUGAAGCUAGCACGACCUACAUGCUAUCAAGGGAAACAGGCGGGAUCACUGGAUCCGAGAUCACAAAUUACAGGAGAGCUGUCGUCCGACGAAGAUGAGACACUGUCUGUGGGUCCAUCAAAGUCUGUACCUUGUACUUCUAAAUCAGCCAGUGCGAAUGCCCAAUCUGCGUCUGCACCUGUCCCCUCUAGUCCUGGUCCUUCAGCAUCUUUCCGAUCAUUGCCUGUGUCUUCUGUUGGUUCUUCAACUCGACCAUCUACUACCAUGUCUCGCCCUGCAUCUCUUCCAUCUAGCUCUUCCUCCAACCAUCCAACAUCCAAUUCUUCAACCAAGACCAAGACCAAAGCUACCAAAAGGCCACUUCUCAGUGUAAUGCGUGAAAAUCAGGAAGCUUACAAUAAGUUCAUUACCACAAAAAUCCCAAAACUUCUCAAGGCCCUUGGAGUUAGCUCAGAUGAGACAGAAUCUGAUUGA